UUGGCUGUUUCAAUGGUGACGUCACCCGAGAUGUUCUGAAUCUCAUCUGAGUCCGGUUGUGUCCUGCUAUAAAUCAUCGAGGGCCGUCGACACUUUAUCAUUUAAUCACAAAAACAGACAUGUCUGACUUCACAGAGGACCAAAUCAUCGAGUUCAAGGAGGCCUUCCUUUUAUUUGACCGGACAGGUGAUGGGAAGAUCUCCUACAGCCAGUGUGGUGAUGUUAUGCGGGCCCUUGGACAGAACCCUGUUAAUGCCGAGGUGCUCAAGGUCCUGGGAAACCCCAAACUGGAAGAGAUGAACCACAAGAUGCUGGAUUUUGAACAGUUCCUGCCCAUGCUGCAGGCUAUCGCCAAAAACAAGGACCAGGGCUCCUUUGAGGAUAUUGUUGAGGGCCUGCGUGUCUUUGACAAAGAGGGAAACGGCACAGUGAUGGGAGCAGAGCUACGUCAUGUCCUCACAACACUGGGUGAAAAAAUGACAGAGGAAGAAGUGGAGACUCUUUUAGCAGGACAUGAAGAUGCCAACGGCUGCAUUAACUAUGAAGAACUUGUCCGGAUGGUGUUGAGCGGUUGAAGAUUUGAGAAAUGCACUUCUAGCUUUAAUUUUAUUCCUUUUUUGUAUUAUUUACCUCCCUUCUGUUGAUGACAUCCUGACCUCAUCAAGUCUGUUUGGUAUCUUUAGUUGGUAUUUUAUUUAUUACGUGCCUUUUCUGUUGUCUAAUGUGAAAAGACACUUUCAUCGUUCCCAUCUUUGGCAAUAAAUUGCUGUCAUUUUGUUUUUUUCUUUUUCUUUUUCUGUUCUUUUCUUUUCUUCUCCUUGUGGAUAUGUGAAUAUGAAUAUCGUGUUAUGGUACCUCUAACAGUAUUGAAUAAAAAUCCAUCUUUUUGCCUUUGA